CGCGCGCCCUCCCCGAGGCGAGAUCACCGCAUCCUCCUCGCCAUCGCCAUUCCACUCCACUCCCUCCCUCCCUCCACCGCCGCGAGCCUAGGAGAGCGCCCCAUGACCCGCCCCUAUAACUAGCCCCGACCCCGGAUCAACCCCUUCCCGCCCGCUACCUCGUCCCACCCCCCAUUUGGAUGGAUUCGGUGGCCUCCACAAAUCGCUCCCCGCUGCGCUCCACCGCCGCCGCCGCACGCCGAAGCAGCUCCGCGCUCCCGAACCGUGUGGCCGCGACUAGGUCUGGUGUCGCGCAGUUUGGAAAGGCACAGAGAUUUGGGGCCGUGCGGAUCACCACGGCGAGAGCUCAGAGCGGGAAUGCUGGGAGAAGCGUGACCGAGGAAAGGCAACACGCAAUGGCGGACGCUCAAAUGCUCUUGAACUAUUCUACCGGUAAAGCAUUCCCAUUAGGGGUGUCGCAGGCUGGAAGUGGUCUGAACUUUGCGAUUUUCUCUCAGCAUGCUUCCUCUGUCACCCUCUGCAUCAAGCUUCCUACCAGAGAGAGCCAGGAUGAAGGAAACACAGAAUUUGUGGAGUUUGCUUUAGAUUGCCAGAAGAACAAAACUGGAGAUAUAUGGCAUGUGUCGGUGGAGGGGUUGCCUACUUCUGGAGUUCUUUAUGGAUACCGUGUUAAUGGUCCUCAAGGAUGGGGACAGGGCCAUAGGUUUGAUAGCAACAUUAUUCUUCUUGACCCUUAUGCGAAAUUAGUUGCUGGUCGAAAUUACUUCGGGGUUGACAGUGACAAGCCAAGUCAGUCUUUUGGAACAUAUGAUUUUGAUAGCUCUCCAUUCGACUGGGGCGUUGAUUACCAGCUUCCAAAUUUGCCUGAGACAGAUCUAGUUAUAUAUGAAAUGAAUGUCCGUGCUUUCACUGCGGAUGAGUCAAGUGGGCUUGACCAAGCUGUUCGUGGAAGCUAUCUAGGUUUCAUCGACAAAAUACCUCAUUUGCUGGAACUUGGAGUUAAUGCAGUGGAGUUACUUCCUGUUUUUGAGUUUGAUGAGCUGGAGUUCAAGAGAUAUCCCAAUCCAAGGGACCACAUGGUCAAUACAUGGGGUUAUUCUACAAUCAACUUUUUUGCUCCCAUGACCCGCUAUGCAAGUGCCGGUGGUGGACCAUUGGCUGCUUCCAGAGAGCUCAAGCAGAUGGUCAAGGCAUUACAUAAUGCUGGGAUAGAGGUUAUCCUGGAUGUUGUCUACAACCACACGAAUGAAGCAGAUGAUGCUAACCCUUAUGUAACUUCUUUUCGUGGCAUCGAUAACAAGGUUUAUUACAUGUUGGACCCAAACAAUAAUGCUCAACUGCUGAACUUCUCGGGAUGCGGGAAUACACUAAACUGCAACCAUCCUGUUGUCAUGGAACUCAUACUCGACAGCUUGAGACAUUGGGUUAAGGAGUAUCACAUAGAUGGAUUUCGGUUUGACCUUGCAAGUGUUCUUUGCCGUGGACUGGAUGGCAGUCCUCUUGAUGCUCCUCCACUCAUUAAGGAAAUUGCCAAAGAUUCUGUGUUAUCUCGAUGUAAGAUCAUUGCUGAACCUUGGGAUUGUGGUGGCCUUUAUCUAGUAGGGCGAUUCCCUAACUGGGACAGGUGGGCGGAAUGGAAUGGAAAGUACAGAGAUGAUAUUAGAAGGUUCAUCAAGGGUGACCCAGGUCUGAAGGGGGUGCUGGCAACUCGCGUGUCUGGAUCUGCUGAUCUGUACCAGGUGAACAAGAGGAAGCCUCACCAUGGUGUGAACUUCAUAAUUGCACAUGAUGGUUUUACCUUAUGUGACCUUGUUUCAUACAAUUUAAAGCACAAUGAUGCUAAUGGAGAAAGUGGACGUGAUGGAUGCAAUGACAAUUUUAGCUGGAACUGUGGUGUUGAAGGAGAAACAAAUGAUCUCAAUGUGUUAGCUCUGCGUUCGAGACAAAUGAAGAACUUUCACGUGGCAUUAAUGAUUUCUCAAGGCACCCCAAUGAUGUUGAUGGGAGAUGAAUAUGGUCAUACACGCUACGGAAAUAAUAACAGCUAUGGACAUGAUACCUGCAUAAAUAAUUUCCAGUGGGGACAGUUGGAAGAAAGAAGAUAUGGCCAUUUCAGGUUUUUCUCGGAGAUGAUUAAGUUUCGCCAGAAUCACCCAAUGCUGAAACGGGACAGGUUUCUUAAUAAAGAUGAUGUCACCUGGCAUGAGGAUUGUUGGGAUAACCUGGAAAGCAAAUUCUUGGCAUUCACGAUACAUGACCACAAUUCUGGUGGAGAUAUAUAUUUGGCAUUCAAUGCCCAUGACUAUUUUGUGGAUGCUGUAAUCCCCCCAGCACCUCAUCAUAAACGUUGGAACCGUGUGGUGGAUACUAACCUGGAAUCACCAAAUGACAUUGUACCGGAAGGGGCGCCGUUUACUGGAUCAGGGUACAGAAUUGCUCCAUACUCUUCCAUCCUGCUCAAAGCAACCCCAUAGGUUGGAUUACAGAACUCAGUUAAGCAUCAGAAUAAUGUCAGUUUUGGCUCAUUUGGGCGAGGCGUUGGCUGAUCUCACUUUGCGAGUUUUUGACAACCCUACUGCAAAGUGUGACAAACUUCGAGCUGGGAGUCAGGUGC